AUGAGCAUCUUCGAUCCAUUGUGUUUACUCAGUCCGAUUACGAUACACCUGAAGAUUAUGUUCCAAGAACUGUGGCGGUUGCAAUCCGGAUGGGACGACGAAAUUCCUGAUAGCCUGGUCCCGAAAUGGAUGGAGUGGUUGAGCGAAACUGCUAAGCUGGAAGAAAUACGUGUUGCGAGGUGCUACUUCCCGGAGGUAUCGUCCUUUGCCGAUGCUGAGCUGCAUGCUUUCUGUGACGCAAGCGAUAAGGCUUUUGCAUGUGUGAUUUACAUGGUUCAUCGUCGAAACGGUAAGUCACACGUUGCAUUGGUGUAUGCCAAGGCAAGAGUUGCUCCACUGAAAUCAUCGACGGUACCACGACUUGAACUUCAAGGGUGUGUUCUUGCAAGUCAAAUGAUGAAGGUAGUUCAAGACGAACUAAAAAUAGAAGUGAAUAUGCAGUACUUCUGGACCGAUUCUAAAAUCUGCUUGAGUUGGUUGAAGACGAGUCAGAAGCUCACGGCAUAUGUUGGUUCUCGUGUCAUGAAAAUUAAGGAGAAUGGUCAUGGAGUUGAUCUGUGGCAUUGGGUUCCAUCACAGCUGAACGUAGCUGAUUUGGCUACGAAGUCCUCCAAGUUUGGUUGUAUGCAGGAAUGGUUGAAAGGUGCUGACUUUCUGUAUCGGGAUAGUGUCCAUUGGCCGAACAAUGAACCGCUAGAGAUGUCCUCGUCUGAGUUGAUAAAUUUCCAUAUGGAAGUGAUUGCUGACGUUUCCGUGGAUCCGAUGUGUUGUACCGUGGUUGAAGUUGAAUCUACUGCGUACUACCUGAAAAUGCGAAAGAUUUUAGCACUGCCAAAGUGUAAAAAGCCUAGAUAUUUGACAAUCUCCGUGAACGACAUGGAUGAAGCUAAGAGUGCCUGGUACAGGAAGGUACAGUCGCAAAUUUUCUGUGAAGAGUUGCGCAGUCUGAAGCAGACCGGAUUCGUGAAAAGCAAUAGUCGUUUGAAAACAUAUUCGCCGUUUCUGGAAAACGGAAUCAUCCGUAUGCGAGGUCGUGUGCAGGAUGAUGGAAAGUCGUUUGAAGUGAACAAUCCUGUGAUUCUUCCUGACAACCACCAGUUUUCAACUCUACUGAUUCGUAUGUACCAUAUCGCCAACGCACAUCAAGGAAUGGAAACCGUUGUUAACAAUAUCAAGGAACGGCACCGUAUCCUGAAGAUUCGCUCACAGGUAAAGAAGUACACGAUGUCCUGUGUCAAGUGUCGUGAGCUUAGAGCAAAACCGACCGUUCCGCAAAUGGGAAACCUACCACCGGAAAGAACAACCCCGUUCGUGUUCCCGUUUACAUACACGGGCAGCUGCAUAAUGGCCAUCCGCUGCUUCAUGUCCAUCCGUGGCUUACCACAGUGCAUCAUGACCGACAACGGUACCAACUUUACUGGUGCAGAUGCUGAACUGAAGAAACUGGUGAGAACUCUGGAUCAGCCGCAGAUUGAAGAUUCGCUGAGCGUCAGAGGUGUUAAGUGGAAGUUUAUUCCACCUGGUGCUCCUCAUUUCGGAGGUUGCUGGGAACGUUUAGUACGCUCUGUGAAGACUGCCCUUCGUGCAAUGUUACGGGAUAGGCACCCUACGGACUUGGUGCUGCGUACUGCUUUAUGCGAGGCAAUGAACACCGUAAACAACAGACCUUUGACACACGUUCCGGAUGACCCCCUGGACCCUGAACCGAUAACUCCAAACAUGUUGCUGCUUGGCCGAAACAAUUCAAUCCAGUUCGACCAUAAUUUUGAUGAACGAGAUCUUAACUGUCGUGCUGCCUACAAGCAUUCUCAGAUUUACGCGGAUCGUUUCUGGCGCAGGUGGAUAGCCUCGUUCCGUCCGGAGUUGAUCAGAAGCCGCAAGUGGCCGGACAGCAGGAAUUACCACGAUUAUCACGUCGGUGAUCUAGUGAUGAUAGUGGACGAAUCGCUACACCGAGGAAGCUGGCCGAAAGGAGUUGUAGAGAAGAUCUACCAAGGACCGGAUGGAAAGGUGAGAACAGUUGCAGUGCGGACAUCAAAGUCGACCUACAAAAGACCUGUAAGCAAGGUUGUGCUGCUCCAGGCAAUCAGCUCGGUUCCUGGCCCGGAGAAUGUUGCUAACACUGCCAGUCCGAACUUUUCUACUCGGGUAUCGCAGUCGUCUCGCCGUCAACCGUCAGGCCACCCCUGA